AUGAGCGACACCCCCUCUGGACGAUUCAGGAUCGCCAAUGUCGCGUAUCCAUACCGGUACGUCUCCAUGUCAGACAACAAGCAGUUCGUCGGCCAGGACAAUGGCAACAUAAUCCAAGUCGACAUCAUAGACAACGUUAAAGGUCUUGUGACACUCUAUGAUGGUUCAGUAGGUGUGUACAUCGGUAUCGAUUUAGAGAAAAACAGAGUCGUAGCCUACGAGGAUCCCCAGGUGCUCCAGUUGUCCGCUGCCGGCAAUGGUUAUCU